UGCUUGGAGGAGGAGGAUGGAGGAGAAGAGCUUGCUCGGCGUCAUCAGCAUCAAGCCCUACCUGGAUAAGCUCACCCUGGGCGUGACCCGCAUCUUAGAAGCUUCCCCGGGUGUCAGUGAAGUGAUGUUCGUAGAGAAGGAACCCGCGGAGCGCCACGCCAUUGUUUCGUGGGAGCAGAAAAAUGCCUGUGUCCUGCCCGAGGAUUUGAAGAAUUUCUACCUAAUGACGGAUGGCUUCCACAUGACAUGGAGUGUCAAGUUUGACGAUAACCCCGUGCCCCUGGGCUCCAUGACCAUCAACAGCAUCUCCAAGCUGAAUCGUCUUGGAACAUCACCCGUAUACUCCUUGCCCAACGCACCCUCUCUUGCUGACUUGGAGGAUACCGACGAGGAAGGAGGUAACAAGGACCAGCCGGAGAAGCCUCACUUGGACUCUCGUAGCCUGGUAUUCGAACUGGACCCAUGUGGAGGGAACGGGAAGGUUUGCCUUGUGUACAAGAACACCAAACCCGUUGUCACCCCUGAUUCCGAGAUCUGGUUCCUGGACCGAGCCCUCUACUGGCAUUUCCUCACCAAAAGCUUCACCGCCUACUACCGGCUCCUGAUCACCCACCUUGGGCUCCCGCAGUGGCAGUACGCCUUUACCAGUUACGGCAUCAGCCCCCAGGCAAAGCAAUGGUUCAACAUGUACAAACCUAUUGCCGUCAACACGGAGCACCUCUCGGAAGAGGCGGAUUCAUUUGUGAACAAGCUGGACCCCAACAAGGUUUUUAGAAGCAAAAACAAAACUCCGAUAAUCAAGAAGAAGCUACCGUCCCAGCCGCCCCCCUCCCAGAAAGGCCAGACGGGGGUGACCCCCAAGAACGCACCGCAGGCCGGAAGCAUGUCAAGACGGCGGGAACCCCAACCCUGACUUUCCUUGGGACACCAUUCCACAACUCGCAUCUCCAGCUCUAGUUCCCCAUCACCCGGGACCAGACCAAGACAUUUAUUUUGAAGUAUUUAUUUAAGAUGCCUUAAGGCUCUGGUUGAAUUUCCUUUGCGCCCAUCAUGACCUAUGUCUUUGGCGAUGUGGCGAAGAACGCCUGUCGCUGGAGUAAAUCUUGCUACGACUGUCCAAGGGGGUAGCAGGCCUGCUUUCUGUGGAUGUUCCCAACCAUCGCCAUCACCACCCACCCACCCGCACUUUUAUCUAGU